AUGAUGAACGUCGUGGCCAUCGUGCUCGUCCUCUCCACUCCGGCGGCCGCGGGGGUCUGGUCCCCCGCGCCGCCGCCGCCGCCCGCGGCCCCGCAUCACGCCGACCACGUCGUCCGGGAGGGCCGACGCGUGGUCAUCGUGGAGUACGAGCGCGAGCUCCCGCUCUCGACCGAGGACGGCGGCAGUGUCAAGGUCCAGGAGACGCGCGUCCUGCCCCCGGAUGCGCUCGACGGCGUCGAGGGCGACGGCGGGGUGUUCGACGAGGCCAGGGGCGUGGUCUCUGACGCGGCCGGCAAGGUGGCCGGCGCGGCGGAGGAGGGCAAGGAGAGGCUCUCCGACGCCAAGGAGAGCGCCAAGGGCGGUGUACUCGGCGCGGUCAAGCGGUGCAAGGACAGACUCUGCGGCGCCGGCAGGAAAGUGGAAGAGGGAGCCAAGGACGCGGCGUCCCGCGUCGAGCACGGCGCGGAGGACGCGGCGAGGGGCGCCAAGGAGGCGGUCUGGGAUGCCAAGGACAGCGCCGAGAACAUGGCGUUCGACGCCGCGCAGAAGGGUAAGGAGACGGUGAAGAGCGCCAAGGACAAGGCGUCGGAGGCCGCACAACAGGGGAAGGAGGCCGUGCGGAGCGCGAAGGACAAGGCAUUGGACGCCGCGCAUCAGGGGAAGGAGACCGUGAAGAGCGCCAAGGACAAGGUCUCCGAAGCCGCUGGCAAAGCGAAGGAGAAGGCGUCCGACAUCCAGCACGGAACAGCCGAAGCGGCGAAGGCUGCCAAAGAGAGGGUGUCCGAGGCGGCCAGGCACGCCAAGAACACCGUCCGGAGCGCCAGGGACAGCGUCUCCGACAUCGCACAGAGAACCGAGGAGCGCGCGGAGGCCGAGGUGGAAGUGAAGGCGAGGGCCGCCGAGGUGGGCAAGAACCUGACGGACAUCGCGCGGCGGGCGCGCGACGUGGGCGCCGACACGGCCGCCCACGUGCUGGCCGCGGCGCUGCCGCGGCAGCAGCUCGGCAUGCUGCAAAGCAAGCUGUUCCCGGUGUACUUCCGCGCCAUGGCCUACGGCGUCGGGCUGGCGCUCGCAGCGCACCUGCUGGGGCGGGAGCACAGGUCCGUGGCGUCGCGCGCGCAGAGCUUCAACCUGCUCGCCGCGCUCGGCCUCGUCCUCGCCAACAUGCUGCUGCUCGAGCCUAAAGCCACCAAAGUGAUGUUCGAGAGGAUGAAAGUGGAGAAGGAAGAAGGCCGGGGACGUGACAUGGUGGACAUCGUCGACCCGCCGGUGGUGACCGUGGCCACGCCGACCGCCGCCACCACCACCACCGUCCCCACGGCGGCGGCCACAGCGCGCACAGGCACAGCUCCCGCGGACGGCGCGGGGACCGGCGGCAAGCAAGCGAAGCCCGCGACGGCAACAGGCGACGCGGAGAUGUCGAAGAGCAGGGUGACUCUGAGCAGGCAGCUGAAGCAGCUCAACGGCUACUCGUCCCUGUGCAACGUGCUGUCCCUGAUGUCCCUCACCUGGCACCUCGUGCACCUGGCGCGCCGCCUCCACGCGGGCACCGCCGCCUGCUAG